UCCAAUGGCGUCGGCGUCGUCGGCGGCGUCGCUGCGCCACCUCCUCCGCCGCCCACUCCGCCCUACCCUCCUGCGCCCUCCCCUCCUCCGCCCCACCCGCCGCCUCCUCUGCGCCUCCUCCUCUUCCUCCUCCUCGACGCUCACCCAUGGCGGCGACUCCUCCACUUCUACUUCCUCCGACGGGGCGCUAGGUGUGGUGGAUUUGAACCCGCCGCGUGGCACUCGGGACUUCCCCCCGGAGGAGAUGCGCCUCCGUACCUGGCUCUUCGACAACUUCAGGGAGGUGUCCCGCACCAUGGCCUUCGAGGAGGUGGACUUCCCCGUGCUCGAGUCCGAGGCGCUCUUCAUCCGCAAGGCCGGCGAGGAGAUCACGCAGCAGCUCUACAACUUCGAGGACAAGGGCGGGCGCCGCGUCGUCCUCAGGCCCGAGAUCACGCCUUCCCUCGCGCGCCUAGUCAUCAAGCAAGGAAAAUCAGUCUCCCUCCCACUCAAAUGGUUCACAAUUGGGCAAUGCUGGCGAUACGAGCGCAUGACCAGAGGAAGACGCCGUGAGCAUUAUCAGUGGAACAUGGAUAUCUUUGGCAUGCCCAAAGUUCGGGCCGAGGCUGAACUCAUUCAGGCCAUCGUUCUCUUGUUUGAGCGUCUCGGUAUCACGUCUUCAGAUGUGGGGAUCAGGCUGUCCAGCCGAAAGGUUCUUCAGGCUGUGCUGAACAUGUACUCCAUACCAGAACACCUGUUUACUCAAGUUUGUGUCAUUGUUGAUAAACUGGGAAAACUGAGUAGAGAAGAAAUUGAGAAGGAAUUGAUUUCAACCGGGUUGUCAUCUGAAGCUGUACAGGGCAUCAUUGAAGUGCUUUCUCUCAAGUCACUCUCCAAACUUGAAGAGGUGCUGGGUUCUGAUGUUGAAGCUGUUGCUGACUUGAAGAAGCUCUUCUCAUUUGCUGAGCAAUAUGGUUAUGCUGAUUGGAUCUGUUUCGAUGCAUCUGUUGUCCGUGGCCUUGCAUACUACACAGGGGUUGUUUUCGAGGCUUUUGAUAGAGAAGGGGAACUGAGAGCGAUUUGUGGUGGGGGAAGGUACGAUAGGCUGCUGUCAACAUUUGGAAGUGAAGAUGUACCAGCCUGUGGCUUUGGAUUUGGAGAUGCUGUUAUAGUGGAACUGCUGAAAGAAAAGGGUCUUCUGCCUGAUCUGGCACGUCAAAUAGAUGACAUUGUGUUCCCAUUGGACGAGGAGCUGGAAGGACCAGCAUCUAGUGUUGCAUCCUCUCUGCGGAAGAAAGGCAGAUCCGUAGACCUUGUUGAAGACAAGCGUCUGAAAUGGGUGUUUAAACAUGCGGAGAGGAUAAAUGCUAGCAGGCUAAUUUUGGUUGGAAAGUCCGAGUGGGAGCGAGGCAUGGUUCGUGUGAAGAUACUGUCAACCAGAGAAGAAUUUGAAGUCAAGGCAGGCGAAUUAGAGUAAUUUGUUAGCUGAUCUAACAAAGGUUUUACUUCGAAACCAUAGCCCCAUUUCUUCAUUUUUAUUCAUCUUCCUUUGUGGUCCUCCUUGUGCAACAUUAUAAGUUUUGUCAUUGACAUGAUAUAUAUAAAGAAAUCAUAUGCUGAGAAUGCUAUGGCAUCUUGAUUUGCUUUUCCUCCAA